AUGAAGAAACUGAUGAAGAUGAUACCUCUUUCAAUUUUGGCUAAAAAGAUCCGAAAAGAAGCUACAGACGAAACACCUAGCAGCACGAACGAUCAAAACAGGUCUAUAAAAGGAAAGAAAGUUAGAAAGUGGCAAACAAAAUUGCUGAAUCCCAUUCCAGAAAAAUUGAAAAUUUCCAAAUCUCCUUUACCAGGUGUUGCAAAUAAAAUCAAAAACGAUGGUAUAGCACCAAUAGAUUUAUUCAAACUGUUUUUUCCAGAAGAAUUCGUACAAUUUAUUUGUGAUGAAACUAUGAAAUACGUCAUUUUUAAAGGUAACCAUAACUUCUCUGUAUCCACUAGAGAAAUGUACAUUUACCUUGGAAUCUUGAUUUUAUCUGGGUACAAUAAGUUACCUGCCAGAAGAAUGUACCGGGAAACAAAGUCUGAUACAUACAAUCAUUUAGUGAGCAAUAGUAUAUCUAGAGAUCGUUUUGAGUUGAUACACCGUUACCUACACGUCAACGACAACACCAAGAUUGACCCUAAUAACAAGGUUUACAAGAUCCAACCCCUCAUUGACAGAGUAAAUGAAGUCUCUCAAUUGCUAGCAGCAUCUCUCUGA